AGGAACAGGUGUGGGUUAAGGAAGCAGGGCUUUAAAUCAGAAGUGUUUAGGUCACAGGUCUCACUUUAGGGAGAACUGUGUUUGGCACACACCCACAUCAACAAAACGCCAACACACAGGUAGACCUUGACACUUUGGGAAUAUGGCUUCCAGCACCUCCAGUAACCCUCUGCCCAGUGGCACCAGUGUUUUCACCACUGUUCCAGACCUCUUCUUCAUCCCUGAGUUUAUAUUCGGAGGUCUGGUGUGGACUCUGGUGGCCUCCACAAAAGUGCUGAUUGCGAAUCCUCAGGGCUGGGUGAUGUUUGUCUCUGUGUUCUGCUUCAUCUUCACUACCCUGUGGUUCCUCAUCUUCAUCAGUGGAGCCAAUAAGAGCAGCAUCUGGCCUACACUGGAUGUUGUGUAUCAUUCCCUUGCAGCCUUCUUCUACCUCAGUGCAGCAGUGGUACAGGCCUACAUCACCAUUAGUCUGAAAUCAGUUACCAGUACUUUCUUCAAAGAAUACCAAUUGGAUAUUGCUGCAGUGGUGAUGUGUUAUGUGGUGACUCUGCUCUACGCCCUCCAUGCCAUCUUCUCUACGAUGAGAUGGAAGAGUUCCUCAUGAAGACCAACAUCCACAAGACAACAGACAAUGGGGCAACAGACAUUAGCGAAGGCUUUGAUAUGACAUCAAUUGUAAUCUAUACAUAUUCAAAUAUUUUUCUAGAUUAUUUUCUUCCUGUAAACCAAUUUGGAGUGAAAUGGAUGUACAAUAUAAAUAUAUUUUAUAUUUAACCAAGUGCCUGUUUCAGAUGCUGAGAUAGAAUAAAUUGAUUAUAUAAUAGUUUUUCCAGGUGUAGCAAAAACUAUUACAACAAUGUUCAAUAAAAAUGCUGAUGUGAAGCAUUUUGUUAUGGUAGGGUAGACCUAUUAGAUGAACAUAGGAACUGAAGAGGUCUUGGUGGCUGCUCUCGUGAAAAUUGUAUACGCUAUCACCAGAACAUAGUGUAGAGGCAAACAAAGGACUGAAUUCCUCAGCAAUGCAUUUUCCACACACAGUUUCUGUUGUCAUUUUCUUGAACAAAAAGGUCAACAUGUAGUCUUAUUUGUGUAGGGUGUGUCCAGUUGGCAAAAGGUGGACUGCCUACCACAAUGCCGCAGCAGUCACCUGUCGCUCCGUUAGUUCACUGUAGUAGUUGAAAGCAAAUAGUAGGCAUAGCGCAUUGAUUGCAGAGUAUGCAGCCUAGCCUAUGGCAUUCAUUUGUUAUGCUACAGAAAUUACAAGGAAUUUAGAAUAGUAUGGAAGGCUUUAGGGGGCGGACAGGGAACAGAAACACAACGGCCCAUUUUCUUCCCUUAUUAUCCAGAUACUGAUCAUUUUAAGCAACACAUCCAGGUUAGACAGGCCCACUAUGCAAAAAUUGGACCAGGCCUUCUGUUAUUAGCUAGAAAUGCCAGAUGGCCAGUCUACCCCAGCCUUCAGGGCUCCCAAGUGACGCAGCGGUCUAAGGCACUGCAUCUCAGUGCAAGAGGUGUCACUACAGUCCCUGGUUCAAAUCCAGACUGAAUCACAUCCAGCCGUGAUCGGGCAUCGCGUAAUUGGCCCAGUGACAUCUGGGUUUGGCUGAGGUAGGCCAUCAUUGUAAAUAAGAAUUUGUUCUUAAUUGACUUGCCUAGUUAAAUAAAGGUUUAAAAUGAAGGCUGCUGAACAACAUGGUAAAACACACAUUACAUAGUAAUAACCUAUGCCUUACUUGUUUCUUUGGAAAAGCACCACACCAACAGUUUGUCAAUGAAGCGUCGGCUGAUAAUAUGUUGUGGUGGAUGUCCUCACAAUGAAACUUUAUUCCACUCUUUAUUUAUUCCACAUGUAGGCAUGAUCUCUUUCAUUUUUGUAACUGUUGCUACAAAUAUGAUGCAUGAUCAUUCGUGCCAUUCGUGCCUGAUCAUUCCAUAAGAGGCAGAUGCCACUUAUCUAAGUGUUACAUCACAGAAGGAAUGCAAUCAUUCUUUGGUGACAACAAAAUACAUAAAUUCUGUCUCUUUUUUUGUACUAUUUUUUUUUUUUUUUGUACUGUUUUUUGUAAUAUGUUCUGCAGUACAAGUUGCUUUUGUACUGUAGACUUUAAAUACUUUAAAUAUAAAUAUAUAAAACUAAUGAAUUAUUGUUAAAUCUGCAUUUGCCACCUGCAAGAAACCCAGUAAACAUCACGUCACAUCUCUCUCUUCAUCUCAAAGUUGUCUCCUAGAGAAUGCUUCAACACCCUAGAGUAUGUGUGAAACUCAUUCCACGGAGGGCCGAGUGCCUGCGGGUUUUCGCUUGAUCGAUGAAUGAAGGUCAGUGAUUAGUUAAAAACUCCCUCAAAUGGUUGUCUAGUUCCUAAUUGGACACAAACUGAAAGGAGGAACCAAAGACAAGCAGACACUCUGCUUGAUGAGUUUGAUGAGUUCGACACCCCUUCUCCAAAGUCUAAGCCAGGAAGAAGGAAUUGUAAUGUCAGAAUCAUUUUCUUAAUCUCAAGGCAGUCUCUCAAAGAAAUAUAAAUUGUCCUUAUUUUAGAACUUUACUGAACAAAAAUAUAAUGGCCGCAUGCAACAAUUUCAAGGAUUUUACUGAAUUACAGUUAAUUUAUUGAAAUCAGUCAGUUGAAAUGAAUUCCUUGGGCCCUAACCUAUGGAUUUCACAAGACUGGGAAUACAGACAUGCAUCUGUUGGUCAAGCUACGUUAUAAAAAAUGUAGGGUCGUGGAUCAGAAAACCAGUCAGUAUCUGUUGUGACCUUAUGCAACACGCUGUCGUACAUGUCGAUCCAGAGCAUCCCAAACAUGCUCAAUGGGUGAUAUGUCUGAUGAGUAUGCAGGCCAUGGAAGACCAGUAACAUUUUCAGCUUCCAAGAAUUGUAUACAGAUCCUUGCAACAUGGGGCCGUGCAUUAUCAUAUUGAAACAUGAGGUGAUUGCAGCAGAUGAAUGGUACAACAAUGGGCCUUGGGAUCUUGUUACUGUAUUUCUGUGCAUUCAAAUUGACAUCAAUAAAAUAUAAUUGUGUU